AUGUCAACCUCGACUCCCUUGUGGAAACGCCUCUUCCCAACGGCUUCUCGUCUCACCUUCGCCAUCCAGGCGUUCUCGCUCGUCGCAAUCCUCUUUGAAGGAUUCGAUCAAGGUGUUAUGGGGGGAGUGAAUGCCGCUCCCGACUACGUCCGCACUGUGGGCAUCGGCGAGUUCCCGUCGGGGCAUGUCACGUCGACGGUUCAUCAGGGCGGUAUCGUGUCUAUCUACUACCUCGGCUGCAUCAUCGGAUGCUUCGUUGGCGGAUGGGUCGCCGACCGCUUCGGCCGCAUCAAUGGCAUCUUGGGCGCAGCGAUCUUCGCCAUGAUCGGUGGAGCUCUCCAAGCGGCGACCCAAAACUCCGCCUUCAUCCUCGGCGCUCGCGUUGUCACCGGCCUCGGAACGGGCGCACUCACGGGCAUCGUCCCCGUCUACUGCUCGGAGGUCAGUGGUAAGGAGCACCGCGGCCGGAUGCUAGGUUAUGUGUUCAUUGCGAACUAUCUGGGUAUCUCGAUUGCCUACUGGCUAUCGUUUGGACUCGCCUUUGUCGACCACGGUCUUUCUGCCGUGCGGUGGCGAUUCCUCCUCGCCUUCCAAUGCAUUCCCGCCAUCCUUCUCGUCGCCGGCAUCCGCCUCCUUCCCGACUCGCCGCGUUAUCUUGCUUCCGUUGGUCGUCACAGCGAAGCUCGCGAGGUCCUCGAGCACAUCCGUGGUGGCAGCUCGGCAGAAACCGAUGCGGAACUGCUCGCCAUGGCCGAGGAGGCGCAGUACAACAAGGGCACAUCGGUCGUCGAGUUCUUCAAGAUCCUCGUCGGCAAAGGCAGCACCUCGCUCCACCACAACGUCGCUCGCCGCGCCUGGCUUUGCAUCUGGCUCCAGAUCAUGGCUUCAUGGACUGGUAUCACCGCUGUGACAGCCUACUCGCCUGUCCUCCUCUCGCAAGCCGGCUACUCGAGCAUCAAGCAGAACGGACUGGCGGGUGGCUUGAACACGAUCGGCAUCGUCGGGACCAUCACCUCGGCCUACGUCGUCGACCGUUACGGACGUCGCUCGUGCCUUAUGGUCGGCGCACUCGGACUCGCCAUCGUCAACCUCGUCGCGGCCUCGCUGUACGAGGCGUCCCUGCACAAUCCCUCGAUCUCGGCGAGGAUCGCCCCUGCCGCCGUUACAAUGCUCUUCCUCUUCAACCUGGUCUACGCUUCGACCUGGGGAACCAUCGCUUUCCUCAUCCCAGCUGAAAUCUUCCCCAGCGAGAUGCGUUCGCAAGGAAACGGCUUCGGCAUCUCUGCCAUCGGUGUCGGCUGGACCGUCCUGAUCAACCCGAUCAUGUUCGGCAGCAUUGGCUCCCGCUCCUACUUCCUGUUCGCCGGCCUGAACUUCCUCUGGAUCCCCAUCAUCUGGCUCUUCUACCCCGAGACCGGCUUUGGCCGCAAUCUCGAGUCCCUCACGCACCUCUUCGACGGCGGCGCGUUCAAUUGGCAGAUGGAGGCAGCCUACCGUCGCGCCAUCGAGGACCCCGACCGCCCGGUCGACGUCGCCAAGUACGAGGCGGCGGGCUCGCAGCGAUUCGUCGAGGACGCGUCGACGGGAACGAGCGAGAAGGUUUGA